AUGACAUCGGCAUCAGAAGUACCGCCGGAAUUGAGUCCAGUGUUCGCAUACAUCGACACCAAUGCCGACCAAUUGGUCGCCCGAUUGGCCGAAGCGGUGGCCAUAAAGAGUGUGUCAGCGCAGGCGGACACCAGACCCGACACAAUACGUGUGAUGCAGUGGUUCGCCGAUAAGCUCCGGGCGAGGGGUCUGUCGGUCGAGUUGGUCGACAUCGGCACUGAAUGCCGACCGGACGGCCAGACACUACCGCUGCCGCCCGUACUGUUGGCUUCGUUGGCCGCCACCGACCCGUCGGCGAAGACACUCCUGGUUUACGGCCAUUUGGAUGUACAGCCGGCCGAUAGGGCCGACGGCUGGCGCACCGACCCAUUCGUGUUGACCGAAGUGGACGGCCGUCUGUACGGGAGGGGCGCCACCGAUGAUAAGGGACCGGUCAUGGGUUGGCUCAACGCCAUCGACGCCUAUCAGCGCACAGACACCGCAAUACCCGUGAACUUGAAGUUUGUCGUCGAGGGUAUGGAAGAGACGGGUUCUGACGGUUUCGACGAACUCAUUGUCUCAUUGAAAGACACAUUUCUCGCAGACGUGGACUACGUUUGCAUUAGCGAUAACUAUUGGUUGGGAACCACUAAACCGUGUCUGACGUAUGGCCUGAGAGGUAUCGCCUGCUUCGGUGUUGAGGUCGAGUGCGCCCACAAAGACCUGCAUUCGGGCGCUUACGGCGGUUCGGUUCACGAGGCGAUGACUGAUCUCACGGCUCUGUUGUACCGUUUGGUCGACAGUAAGGGAAACAUUUUGAUACCCGGAGUGAUGGACGACGUGGCCGUACAGACGGCCGAAGAGUUGGCCGCAUACGAGACGAUCGACUUCGACAGCGAUGAGUAUCGCCGAGAGAUCGGAACCUCUCGGCUGUUGUACGAAAAGAAGGCCGACAUUCUGGCCCAUCGCGAUGAGUAUCGCCGAGAGAUCGGAACCUCUCGGCUGUUGUACGAGAAGAAGGCCGACAUUCUGGCCCAUCGGUGGCGCUAUCCCUCCCUAUUCAUACACGGCGUAGAGGGCGCCCACUCGGGCCCCGGCGUCAAGACUGUGAUCCCGGGCAAAGUGAGCGGCAAAUUCUCCAUACGUUUGGUCCCAAACCAAUGUCCGGACAAAAUCGCGGCUCAAGUGGUCGCGUAUUUGACCGCAGAGUUCGCGAAACUCGAUUCGCCGAACCGCUUGUCUGUCGUCAACCGACCGCCGAGUAAGCCGUGGGUCGCCGACACUCGCAACCAGAACUUCACGGCCGCUAAACUCGCCGUUCGAUCCGUGUUUGGCGCGGAUCCCGAUCUGACCCGAGAGGGCGGUUCAAUACCAGUGGCCCUAACCUUCGAAGAGGUGACCGGAAAGAGUGUCCUUCUGUUGCCAAUCGGCGGUUGUGAUGACUGCGCGCACUCACAGAACGAGAAGAUUGACCGCAAGAACUAUAUCUCAGGCACUAAAGUGUUGGCCGCAUAUAUCCAUCACUUGGCGAAUGUCUGAAUACAA